AUGUCCCUAUGUGUGAGGUACAUUGAAGAUUGUCGAAUAAGGGAAGAUUUUUUAACUUUUAUUCCUAUUUAUGAUGCAUCAGGAAAAGGAUUAGUCCAUACAAUAAUGCAUGAAAUAGACAAAUUAGGUUUAAAAAGGGAAAACUUAGUCGGUCAAGGAUACGAUGGCGCUUCUUCGAUGAGUGGUAUAUAUAAUGGAGUUCAAAAAAAUAUAUGCAAUUUAGUACCCCAUGCUUUAUACGUACAUUGCGCCGCCCAUUCGUUGAACCUUGCUAUAAGUAAAUCAUGUGACAUUCCCGAAAUAAGAAAUUGUAUUGGUUCUAUAUCUACAAUUACUUCGUUUUUUCGAAAAUCUCCAAUAAGGUCAGAUAUUCUUAAAAAGUUCAUAAAAGACCUAAUUCCACACACACGCCAACAAACACUUAUGAAAAAUGUGUGAAACCCGUUGGGUUGAACACCAUGAUAGCUUGUUGCGGUUUAAAGAACUAUACUUACCAAUAACAAAUACAUUAAGGGAACUCGAACAUCAUCAUAAUUUAGAAACAUCGCAACAUGCAUUUCAACUUUCUAAAACGAUUACGUCCAGUUCGUUUGUAAUUUUAUUGUACGUUACAGAAAAACUAUUUGUUAUAACAUUGUCUUUAUGUAAAUCUCUACAAAAAAUAAAUGUAGAUUUAUCCGAAUGUUGUGCAUAUGUCAAUAACUGUGUGCAAGUUAUUAAUUCAAUUCGUGAAAAUAGUGAGGAAGAAUUUCACAAAUUAUUUUUAGAAGAAACUAUUUUUACAUGA